AGGUGGGCGGAGCCAGGCCGGACCCGGAAGCCCCGCCCUUGGGCGGCUCUCGCCGCCAUGCAGGGGGGCGCGGGGCCGCGCGUGGGGACUACCAAGGGCGGCGUCCGGGAGCUGGUGUGGGGAUACCUGGAGAGCAGCGGCCUGGCCGAGAGACCCCGGCCCGUGCACGGCCGCAUCCCCAACUUCAAGGUACGGGGGGGUGCCUCUCAUGCUGCGACAAGGCUUCUGGCUUUACAGGAGUUCAAAGCCGCCAGUACUGUAAAAAUAAAUCCCGAUGCUCCCCAGAAGAAUGCUCGCUUUCUAACACUAGAAGCAAGGAAGACUUUGUUGGUUCCCACCCCGCGGCUGAGAAGUGGCCUGUUCAAUAGGAUUGUUCCACCCUCAGGUGCCACCAAGGAGAUCCUGCGGAUAUGUGCUACGUCUCAAGGUAUAAAAGAAUACAGUGUGCCUGUAGGUCUUGAUGGGAAAGUACGAGUGGACUUGGUUGUUGUAGGAUCAGUGGCUGUCUCAGAAAAAGGCUGGAGAAUUGGAAAAGGUGAAGGUUAUGCAGACAUGGAAUAUGCAAUGAUGGUGUCCAUGGGAGCAGUGAAGGAGGAGACACCUGUAGUUACUAUUGUGCAUGACUGCCAGGUGCUUGACAUAGCAGAAGAGCUUCUUGAUGAUCAUGAUUUAACUGUUGAUUAUAUACUCACACCAACAAGAACUAUCAAGACUAACUGCAAACGACCAAAACCACAGGGAAUAAUAUGGCAUAAGGUCAGCUAUGAGAUGCUGGCAAAAAUCCCCAUCCUUAAGAGUCUUCGAUACAAAGAGAAACAGACAGGCAAGGAUGUUACCCUCCAAGACGAACAUCCAGACUUGGCAAACGCCAACAAGUCAGCGGCGUUAAAUGCGAAGGCAAUGCCUGGAAAUACAAGACCGCAGGCUGCAAUGGGCUCGGCUCAAACGGGACAACAGUAUGUUGAAAGUGAUUCUUUAAGUCCCAGAUUAGAGGGAUCUGGCACAAUUACUACUGUGUAUGUGGGGAACAUACCUCCCAACGUAAGAGUGAGCGAGCUGAAAUAUGCUUUAAGGGAAUUCCAUGCAACUCCUUUAAAAGUGAAUUGGCAGGGAGCGCAGCACAGGGCUUUUCUCGAUUACAAGGAUAAAACAGCUGCAGAGAGUGCUGUAUCCUCUUUGAAAGGCUUGAGCCUCGGGGGUAAUACUUUGCGAGUUGAGCUGGCCAAGAAUCAGAGAAACAAAGGGCAAGUAGAAAUCAAUAGUCAGAAAUUAAUUUGAAUAGAGGAAAAAAAAAAGGCGUGUUUUUAUUGUUUUGCAAGAAGCUGACCUAAGUUUUCAAGGUUAUUAGUAUAUGCGCUGAUCUCUGCAGGCUAAACAACAAAGGCAAAGCCAGCUUUUCAAACAAAUGAGGCAUACAUCUCACAGCUGACUUGCCUGCCCCAUUCCUGCAGUUGUACAUGCAAAGUGCAUUUGUCAAGAUGGAUGACAGAGGAGCCUUUUCUCUAAAUGGUUGUCCACAAAUUACCCGCAUUCUGUGUAUUUGUUUUUCAUUGGCCCUGGUUCAAUUUGCUGUUCAGAGUGUACAUCUGUUAGGCUUGGAUCAAAAAUCUGCCCUUUGGUAGCUGCACGCAGCCACAUGGAGCGAGGUGGUUAUGUUCUGUCAUCUACAGAUUGUACCUGCAGCUUUGUGCUUGUGAGCUUUAAAGCCAGCUGCAGAAAAUCUGUCUUAAAGGUUACAGCUAUGUUUACUAAGAAACGGUGUUUGCCUGAUGCAAGUUUUCAGCAUAUUUCUUGUAAAAAUGGGGGAAGGGGCCUUGGCCUGUUUGUGUUCUUGAAGAACUGCUGUAAAAACACUGGCUCAGCCCCCAAGCUCUAGUAAUAACUAGUAACAUCAGGUGGAGGAGAAGAUAGCCCCCUUCUCAGGUUUGUUUUGUUAAUUCAGCCCUCUGUAAACUUUGUAUGUUUCAUUUCAGUCUGGGAGAGAAAACUUUUUCUCCCCUACUUCUCCCCAAAACACUUCAGGUGCCUUUUUAAUGGAUGUAGAUAAUUAUAAAACAGAUUCUUUUCCUGAUUGUCUUGUCUCUUAUAAUGUGGUGUGAUUCCAUUGCCUCUGUGAAAUUACAUUAAUAGAUAAUCAUUGUAGUGGAAAUGAAAAGCAGACAAACCACAGUCAAAACUUGUUGAUGACUAGUCUAGUUCUUUGAAAAGCUGAUGGAGAUAGCAGCAAGGCCUGUUCUUACUGCGCCUUUGUCACCACCAGUGUGGUCUUCCUGCACCCGCAGCAGCAGACAGUGAUGAGCAUUAGGGAGCAGCACUGACAAAUUUUAUUUGCAGAAGUGCUAUCAACUACUAGCUUAAAGUAAGUUUUUACACACACAUGAACACUUUCAGUGUAGAGGAGAAUGAUGAUUUAUGUGGUAUGGCUUUUAUUAUAUUUUUUUUCUUCAGUUCUUCAUUCCUGAAAAACAGGCUGAAUUUUGGCUGAACCAUCCUUCCUAAACAGAAGCACUUUUGCCAUUGAUGCUGGGCACGUAGUCAAAGUAAGCAUCCAAAUGGAUUUUAUUAUUUUUUUCACGUAUAAGUUGGAAACUUUUUUUAGCCAGAGGGUACUGUUAAGUAUAUUUUAAGUACAUUAUUAUGCCUCAAGGGUCAGACAUUUCAUACAGUAUUAUAUAAAAAAUUCUGUUAUCAUGUGCUCUGCACAGGAGGGACUCAAGGAAAGCAUUGCUUCACCUUCCUGUAAGGUCAGCAAAAGAGAGGUUUCUGAAGAAGCAGUGCUGUGCUCUUAAAUGCUCUCUUUUCCUCCAGCUCAAACUUAUUUUCAGCGUCACUUAGUAUGAAUUCAGACAUGAGCACUUCAGGGGCCUCUGCAUCUUGUUUCAGUAGUUGCGUGCUUCAAGGAUAGGAGUCAGGGGUUAUGCUACUACUAAAACAUACUCAUUACAUCAUUGGCUUAGAAAGCAGGGGAAAGAAAAACAAAAAAUAAUUACACAUCACUGCCUUUGCCUUCCAAAUGAUGGUGAAUUAAGCAACAUGAUCGUGUGAUGUUCUUUUUGACUCUUGCAAUACUGUGUGCGUUGGUGAUGAUGCCCAGGUGACCUCAGCAGUUAAAAAGUAUUAUUCUGCAAGUGAAAACUUCAGUCGUCUCUAACCUCCCCUGUUAUAUUACAGAUUGAACCAGCCUUCUCUGGUUUGUGGGAAUUUCAUUCUCUGCCUUAUUUCUGGUAUUUUGUUUUUUGUUUUUGUUUUUUUUUAAUCUCUGAAGUUUCAGUACAGAUAAGAAUAACCACUGUUGACCACUUAGUUUUUUUUGCGAGGAAAAUAAUGGUUUUUGCUUUUCACUGAGGCAGAAUGAGUCAAAAUAAAUUUAUAAGUGAGAAAUGAUUUGUAUUCAUGUGUAAAGGCAUACUUGAAGGUAUUCCUAAGAUAUUUUUUUUUUUUAUGCUAACCUUGGUCAUCUCUGUUUUUAAUUGCCAGAAACCACAACAUAUAGUUCCAGGUCAGCUGACCUCCAAAGGUAAUGAAAAAGAGGCAUUCAUACCGGUUUUCUCUGUCUUCUCCUAGUAAAGUGUUACGUUAUGCCAGAGGGGUUAAGUUUGAGGUUCCAUAGCAUGAGCUGUGCUAGAUCUAUAUCCACGUAGCCAAUCUCUGUAAUUAUCUUCCAGCCUGUCACUUUUUUCACUCUUAUGUUUUGUGAGGCCACAUUUCACAGCAAUACAUAACAACUUGUUACUUUCCCAAAAGGCAAUUAACAGUCCAAACCGCACUCCUGGGAAGAUAUUAACUAGACAGAGAUAUGUAACUGCAGUUAGGCUCCGAGAAGAAAAAUAAUUGCUAUAUGCUUAAAACAAUGAACCAUUCAUUAGCAUUUCGAAUGAACCAGAAUAAUGUUGAUGCUGUGAUAAGAUCCAAUUUAAGUAGUCAUUUUUGAUCCAGGUUGUUAAUAAAUGACAAGGUCCUCUGGGCCUUGGCAUUGUAAAGUCAUUAAAGCUUGUUUUUAAUUCAAGGUAGCAGCUGCUCCAGGUCAGAGUUUGGCAGCGCACUGCAAACCCAUCUGUAUCAGCAGCUUCAGCAAAUCAGUAGUAACUAGUGUGGGUACAAGUUCAUUUGUCAUCUCUGCAUCAAGAACAACACCAUGCAGGAACAAAUCAGUACAGGCAGCUGCUGAAAAUAGAACCUGAAGCUACGGAAGGCUCACCAGGGUUCAGAGCCUCUGUGCAGGGUUUAGUAGUAGGAGGUUAUAUGAAGGCAAAGCAGUAGUCAUCAGAAAUAAAGUGUGGCUUCCCCGCAGUCCUGCAGGCUUAGGGUGGUUGCUUUACUUUCACCGGGGUUUUUUCUUGGCAAAUAUGACUGAAGAAUAUAACCUCUCCCUUUUAGAAAUGAAAAAUCUUAAUGAGUCCUAGUGCAUGGGUUGAUACAGGAUUCCCACAGGGAAAACCAGAAGUGAUGUUGUAGGAACUUAACUUUUCUUUUGA